AUGGCUGCUGCUCCAGUUUGGUUGGGUAGUGCAGCAAUACGACGUUAUAUAAUGUUUAUUAGAACAGAUGCCGGUGUCCAUGCUCUUCGGAAUGCCGUGAUAUGUCAGGUUCCUACAGAAUAUGCGGUUUUUGAUACAAGUGUAGAGAAUAAGAAUCAGUAUAUAAACAAAUGGAAUACUGCUAUCGAAGAAUUUGCUCCAGGAGCUCUGAAAGUGCUGGAUUUGAAUAGUGUAGCCGCUGGUUUCUGUAUUCGAAGACAUGUUGCCUACAGGAAAUACACAUAUCGGAUAGCCGUAUGUCGUGACUGGGAUCUUUGGGAGUCUGUUCGAGAAAUCCCAUCUAGAGUUUGUUUCUCAGAAAAAGACUAUGCAUGGCGACUGCCCCCUGGAUUCUCACCGGAAAAAGCACUGGAUGCUUGCAAAAUGUUCCAAGUGAUGUAA